AUGCACGCUGAAGUGUGUGAAGCUUGGGAGAAAAGAGCAUGGCAAACUAUGUGGGAGGCAGCUGCAGAAGAAAGUGAAAUGGCUAUUGGCUAUGGAAGUGUUCAUAAAAAUGGAACACCGACGAUAACAGUAGUAUGUGAUGGUAGCUGGGCAAAUCGAUCCUAUCGGGGAGGAGGCAAUUACAAUUCUUUAUCUGGUGUUGCUGCAAUUGUGGGCCUGAAAACUGUGAAAAAAAUUAUAUUUGGGAGUGAAGAACAAAUAUUGUUGUGUGCCAGAGGGGUUCGAAUAAAGGUGAAGCAGUACCUGCUCAUACUUGCUAUUAAAAUUGGAACAGUACGUCUACUAGCAUGGAAUCAGCUAUAA